UUGAACAGCAUACCUAGUUACGGUCGUGAUAUAACACAAAAUACACUAUACAACACGCGGAAUUGCUACAUGAUUCUGAACUAAAAAAGGUCCAAUCGAAAGAAAGACUAUUUUUAAACAUGAUUGUAUGGACUACGUGCUAUUUUUUCCUUAACUUAUGACCAAGCCUGGAAUAUAAUAGGGAACGGGAAUAGUUGAAAGAAAAAGUUUAAAUUUUUUGUGCUAUGGCUGCGGAUUUAUUUGGCAAUAUGAUGUCUACUGGAAAAAAAGGAUAUGAAGACCUGGGAUCUAAAGUUACGUCUUUGCCAAGAAAAGCUGCUAACCGAUUCUCUGUUUCUUGGGUGAAGAAAAAAGACGAGGAAAGAUCCAUAUUAAUUGAUGCAGGUGGAAAAAAGAGAUCUGUUCUUGUUGACACAGAAUCUGGAGAUGUCAAAGGCGACCAUUUUGCACUAUAUGAGGAGGAUCUCCAAGAAAGACCUCGUGUUGCCACUUUGCUCAGUGCAAUGGCAAACUAUACUAAUCUUCCACAAGGAGCAAAAGAACAUGAAAAUGAAGAGGAAGGGGCAAAGAAAUUGAAACCAGCUCCAAAACUAAGUACUAUUAUGGGAGUAUAUCUGCCGUGCGUUCAAAAUAUAUUUGGUGUUAUUCUCUUUAUUCGUCUCACGUGGAUCGUCGGUCUAGCUGGGAUUUGGGAGAGUUUUAUGAUUGUACUACUUUGUUGCACAACUACUCUGUUAACUGCCAUUUCAAUGAGUGCCAUCGCCACAAAUGGUGUCGUUCCCGCAGGUGGUUCAUAUUUUAUGAUAUCCAGAGCACUAGGUCCUGAAUUUGGAGGAGCUGUUGGAAUACUAUUUUACCUAGGAACAACUUUUGCUUCUUCUAUGUAUAUUCUUGGAGCAGUCGAAAUUCUACUGACCUAUAUUGCAAACGAUAUGGCAAUAUUCAAACCAUUUGCUGGUCCUGAGUAUAAAGCGAAUCUUCUCAACAAUAUGAGAGUGUACGGCACAGUGUUUCUCAUUCUCAUGUCCUCGUUAGUAUUCAUCGGAGUGAAAUAUGUCAACAAGUUUGCAUCUCUUUUCCUCGCCUGUGUCAUAUUGUCUAUUGUUGCAAUCUACGCCGGUGUUCUUAAAAGUGCUUUCCUACCACCUACUGUUGAUGUCUGUAUGCUGGGGAAUCGUAUCUUAAAAGAACCACCUCAAGGCAUUUGCUCAAAUUUUACAGAUGUCAAUCAAACAGAAUAUUCAGGACUCUUUCAUAUUUAUUGCUCCAUAAACCAAACCAUGGUAGAAAAUAGCACAAUGAUUUCUGUGAAUGGAACUGAAGUUAACAGCACAGAUGUCUUCCCAACUACACCAAUUAUUACUUGUGAUAGUUAUUAUGCUCAAAAUCAAUUGAGAACAAUACAGGGUAUUCCUGGUCUGGCUGGCGGAGUUAUUACAGAAAAUUCUGUUAACCAUUACAUGGACAAUGGAGAUAUAUUAACAUCAUCAUCUCUUGAUGAAGUACCUGUUGCACCUUAUGAACCAAAAGGAACAGAAACAUGGAUCGUUGCAGAUAUAACUACUACUUUCACUAUUUUACUUGCAAUUUUCUUCCCUUCUGUAACUGGAAUCAUGGCAGGGUCAAACAGAUCCGGGGAUCUUGCUGAUGCUCAACGUUCUAUUCCUAAAGGAACUAUCGGCGCUGUAUUGACAACUUCCAUUGUCUAUUUAUCAACUGUUGUGUUUUUUGGAGCUUGCAUUGACGGAGCUCUGCUGCGAGAUAAGUUUGGAUACAGCAUAGGAAGUGAUCUAACUGUUUCUCGUUUGGCAUGGCCGUCCAAAUGGGUUAUUCUCAUUGGUGCUUUCCUAUCUACUGUUGGUGCGGGACUGCAAUCGCUAACUGGAGCUCCACGUCUUAUGCAAGCUAUUGCGAAAGACAAUAUCAUACCUAUUUUAAGUGUAUUUGGUCGAGGAAAAGCGAACGGGGAACCAACGUGGGCUCUUCUAUUAACUUUCUGUAUUUCACUCAUUGGUAUUGCUAUUGCUGAUUUGGACUUAGUUGCUCCCAUUAUUACAAUGUUUUUCCUGAUGUGUUACAUGUUUGUAAAUCUUGCUUGUGCUCUUCAAACACUGUUAAAAACACCAAGCUGGAGACCAAGAUUCAAAUAUUAUCAUUGGUUGUUGUCUUUCCUUGGAAUGACUUUAUGCAUCACUUUGAUGUUCAUAUCUAGUUGGUAUUAUGCUCUUAUUGCACUGGUCAUUGCAGCAUUUAUAUACAAAUACAUUGAAUAUAGAGGAGCUGAAAAGGAAUGGGGAGAUGGUUUGAGAGGUCUUCAAUUAACAACGGCCAGAUAUGCUUUACUAAGACUUGAAGAUGGACCACCACAUACUAAGAAUUGGAGACCUCAACUCCUUAUUUUAAUGAAAUUGGACGAUGAAUUAAAACCAAAACAUAAACAAAUGUUAUCGUUUGCACAACAACUAAAAGCAGGAAAAGGAUUUAUGCUUGUGUCUUCUGUUAUUGAAGGAAAUUUUAUGGAAAAAUUUCCAGAAGCUCAGGCUGCUGAACAGGAAGUACAAAAAGCCAUGAAUGAAUAUAAGAUAAAAGGAUUUCAUCAAGUUGUUGUAUCGAAGGAUGUAUCUCAUGGUAUCGAUGUAUUAUUACAAUCAUCUGGUCUUGGAGGAUUGAGACACAAUACUAUUAUUCUCGGAUGGCCUAAUGGUUGGAGACAAAGCCCUGACCCGGAUGCAUACAGAGUAUUUUUGAAUACCAUUCGGGCGGCUGGCGCAAGUCACAAUGCUAUUCUUGUUCCUAAAAAUGUUCAGCUAUUUCCUGAUAGACAAGAUCGCAUCAUGGAAGGUACUAUCGAUGUAUGGUGGGUCGUACAUGAUGGUGGAUUACUUAUGUUGCUUCCCUUCCUUCUCAGACAACACAAGGUUUGGAAGAAUUGCAAAACUCGUAUAUUCACUGUAGCUCAAUUGGAAGACAACAGUAUUCAAAUGAAAAAAGAUUUGGCAACUUUCCUUUACCAUUUACGUAUUGAUGCUGAGAUUGAGGUCGUAGAAAUGGAUGAUUCUGAUAUAUCAGCAUAUACGUAUGAAAGAACAUUAAUGAUGGAACAAAGAAAUGAAAUAUUACAGCAUUUACAUUUAUCAAAACGGGAAUCACAACGAGAGGUUGAACUGGUGGUUGAAAGAUCUAGAAGUUUCCGUGCCAAAAACUCCCCUGCAAAAUCAUUUCCAAAAUCUGGAAAUUCUUCCGCAAAUGGCAAAGUUAAGAAGAAAGUUACUUAUGCUCCUACUCUGACUUAUCAUGAAAACGGAGUUAUGGAGGUUGAGGGGCAAGAAAACGAGAUCGGUGCAAUGAUGGACAAGUUACGAGAUAGCAAUACCGCUGUCCGAAACACAACACAAAAUGAUGGAUUUGACAGCGUAGAAAUGGAAGCAAGAAAUGAAAUGACUUGGACUCCUGCCAAACUACUUGAAUCACAAAAACAAUACGCAGAAGAUGAACAAUCAACAUCGUCACCAAAAAAAGAAAAACAAAAAGGAGGAAUAAAGAACUUAUUAGAUAUAAAACCGCACUCAAUGAAUGUCAGACGGAUGCACACUGCUGUAAAAUUGAAUGAAGUUAUUGUCAACAGAUCACAUCAAGCUAAACUCGUAAUAUUGAAUCUUCCUGGCCCACCUCGGGGUGGAAACCAACAAAGAGAAGCUAAUUAUAUGGAAUUCUUGGAGGUACUUACAGAAGGACUAGAGCGUGUUCUGAUGGUUCGUGGAGGAGGACGCGAAGUCAUCACAAUUUAUUCUUAGUUUUUAUUUUCUGUUUUGCCAGCUCCAACAAUUUAGUUCAUUGAUUCAUUCAUUUUAAAACGUUUCAAAGUAAAUGGUAAAAUAUAUUAUAUUUUGGACUCGUCGUCAAUAUAACUUUGGGUUAUUUCACAUUGAUAAAUUGCGUUAGAAAAAUUUUUUCAUUGGAAUUCGUGAAUUUCAUUGAUUAAUAGUGUUAUUUAUGUCAAUCCAUUUUCUGUUUUAUUGAUUUUCGCAACAACUCACCAUUCAUUCAAAGUAUGAAGUGUAACUCUGUAAUAUUUAACAACAUC